UCUCUCUCUCUCUCUAUACCAAAACAGUCCUCCAAUGGCGGAUUCCUCCCUCCUCCUCUCUCUAACCCUCGCCUCCCUCCUCGCCUCCUUCCCUCCCCCUUCCCUCUCGAACCCUAACCCUAACCCUAACCCUACCUCCAGCUCCUCCGCCCCCACCGUCUACGAGCUCCUCCCCGAGUUCGGGCUCCCCAGCGGCCUCCUCCCCGGCUCCGUCCGGUCGUACAACCUCUCCGACGACGGCCAGUUCGCCGUCGACCUGGACAAGCCCUGCUACGUCCAGUUCGACUACCUCGUCUACUACGACCGCCGGAUCACCGGGAAGCUCAGCUACGGCUCCAUCACGGACCUCGAGGGGAUCCAGGUGCAGCGCUUCCUGUUCUGGCUCGACGUCGACGAGAUCAGGGUCGACCUCCCCCCCUCCGACUCCAUCUACUUCCAGGUCGGGAUCAUCAACAAGAAGCUCGACGUGGAUCAGUUCAAGACCGUCCGCUCGUGCCGGGACAAGGUCGCCUCCGGUUCCUGCGGCGGGCCGUGGAAGCGGGGAAUCCAGCUUCCCACCCCGGUUGAUGAUGUUCAGAUGCUAAUCACUGAGUAGGCAUCCCCAGAUAUUUUUGGGAUGCCUAUGGUGGAUCACGAAUUCGAGCUUACCGGCUGUGAACGGCAUCAUUUUCAGGCUCUGCAACCAAGAGGCUGAUAGAGAUAGAAAAUCAACGAAGUUGAGCAGAUAUAUGUUACUACUGUAUGGAUGGACUAUGUAGCAAGUAAAGUGUCAUGUACACGUAAAGUGUUUCCGUAUCUCAAUUUCGACUUCUGUACCCGGGGACGAGGUAUUAUGAUAAGAACCUUCGUCCCGUGAGUGUUGAGACGAACAAUGCAAAAACAUGCUGGUGGUAAAGGUCUAGAAAGGCCUUUGGGAAUGACAAGGAUGAUGUCUUUGUAUC